CUGCAAUUAACAAGUGUGCCGCGCUUUGAAGAAAAGAGAGCUCCGCGGACGAAACCUGCUCUUUGCUUCCUUAUUUUUUUGACAUAAUCCACACUUCUAUACUACAUCCGACAUGUCAACAUUUAAAGCCGUAAUUCUCGUCGGUGGUCCUUCCAGAGCUACGCGUUUUCGUCCUCUCUCACUCGAUGUACCCAAGCCCUUGUUCCCAGUAGCAGGCGCUCCUAUCAUUUCACAUCAUCUGUCUGCACUGUCUAAAGUAGAUGGUUUAAAGGAAGUCUUGAUUGUUGGCUUCUUUGAGGAUAACGUGUUUGCUCGUUUUGUCGAUGAUGCCGCUUCAGAAUUCCCCAAUCUACACAUUCGCUACCUCCGCGAAUACCAAGAACUCGGUACUGCAGGUGGUCUCUAUCAUUUCCGUGACGAGAUUCUGCGUGGCAAUCCACAACAGUUCUUUGUUAUCCACGUGGAUAUCGCCUGCUCGUUCCCACUCAAUGAGAUGGUCGAGGCCCAUAUGAAGCACCGUGGUUUAUGUACCAUGUUGGGUACAAAGGUCCCUCGUGAGCAAGCAACGAAGUACGGUUGUUUGGUAGCAAAGCCGGGCACGAACGAAGUACUCCACUAUGUCGAGAAGCCAGACUCGUUCAUUUCGGAUCUGAUUUCAUGCGGUGCGUUUUUGUUUGAUACUGCCGUAUUUGGUGAGAUGAAAAAGGCCAUAGACCGCAAAAAGGACUCUACAGAAGAAAACGACUAUCUGUGGACUCCCUCAGAUGAUAAGCUGCGGUUAGAGCAGGAUUUGUUGCGUCCAUUGUCCGAGCAACGUAAAUUAUAUGUCCAUGUUACCGGGAAGUUCUGGAGACAAAUCAAGACGGCGGGAUCGUCGAUCCCAGCUAACGCUGCCUACCUCGAGCUGAUCGCUAAAGAAUCACCUGAAAAAUUGGCUGUGACCAAGCAGAAUGGACCAGAAAUCAUUGGUGCAGUGUACAUACACCCUUCGGCUCAUGUUGAUCCAACCGCAAAGAUUGGUCCCAACGUGUCGAUCGGUCCACGUGUCGCAGUUGGCAAGGGCGUGCGUAUUAAGGAUUCCAUCAUCUUGGAUAAUGUUCAAAUUGGCGCUGCUAGCUGCGUUCUUCACUCAGUGAUCGGUUGGAGUAGCAAAAUUGGCACAUGGGCACGUGUGGAAGGUAGCCCCGCCAGCGAUCAUAACAUCGACAUGAUGAAGAACGGCGUCAAGAGUCAGAGUAUCACAAUUUUGGGCAAGGAAGUACUAGUUGCUGAUGAGAUUAUUGUCCGCAACUGCAUCGUCCUUCCCCACAAGGAGCUUAAAUCCUCGUACCAUAGCGAGAUUCUUAUGUAAAAAACAAUAUUUAAUUGAAAGAAUAUUAGGGUAUACUUUCCAGUGAUCCAGAGUACAAAGUAUAUAAACAAAGCAAAAUACAUCCACAUAUUUACUUCUAUCCAUUUUGAUCUCAUGUGUUGUCUUGGCAAAUGUAUGUGUGAAAAAUUUAUCCAAAAGGAGGUCUGCCGCUGAUUCGAUCUCCAUGCACAGAUUCACCCAAGAGUUGGCGAGAUUGUUGGACGCAGUUUCAAU